UAUGAACGGACAUUCUUGAAUUGGCUUGCAACGCCAUCCACCACUGUCAGUCGACGUCUCACGACGACCGCAUCUAAGCAGCACUGGCGACAAUCACAGGGAUGGUCCCACCUCUGUCCAGAGACGCAAGCAGAGAGGUGUAUGUCACGCAGAAGAAUGGUAUCGACCACAUCACCACUAUCCUCCAGCGUCGCGCUGACGGCCAUGUCUACGUCCACUAUGAAAAUACGGACAAGAGGCUGGAUGAAUGGGUGCCGGAGUCAGAGCUGAAGCUCGUGUCAGAAGAGGGCGUUGGGUCAGAACACGCCCAUGCUGUCAUGAUGGGCCAGGGCAGUCUGAAGCGAGAACGGGACUACGUCAACCCAGAGUCUCCUUCUGCAUCUCCC